UUAAUUUAUUUCUUGGUUUCUAUAUAGAAUAUAUGAAUAUCAUUCCUGAUUCUUAUAAUGACAAGCUGAUUAUCUGGACUUGUAGCAGGGAUGAUUACCUCCUUAUCCAGGAAGAUUUUUAUUUUCUCUUGUCUUUAGUGUUUUGGAUGGCCGUCCUCCCAAGUCGCCUGUACACCAGACAUGGAAGCGAAAUCCGAGCGGAUGUAAUAUGUCCAAUGUCAGAGAAAUUUGUGCUUUGUGCUGGUUCAUUUCGUACUCAUUCUCUUCGCAGGAGAUGACGUCGUCUCCCUGCUCUAGAGAGCUAAUUGAUUGUGCAUCUGAAGCCAUCCUGUGACGAAUUUGCGAUUUUAGAAAAUGCGAGAGACAGAGGGAACCAAAUGAAGUUGAUUUGUG